CUCUGUCACCCUUAAUGUAAAGGAGUUCUUCCUAGUGUUGAGGUGGAACAUUUUGUGUUUUAGUUUAUAGUCAUUGCCCCUCGUCCUGUCACUGGACACUAAUGAAAAGAGUCUGACAGCAUCCUCUGACACUCCCUGGAUAUAUUUAAAUGCAUUGAUGCGAUCCCCUCUCAGUCUUCUCCAGACCAAACAGGUCCAGCUCUCGCAAUGUCUGUGCAUCAGAGAGAUGCUCCAGACCCUCAUCAUCUUUGUGCCCUUCGCCGGACCCUCUCCAGUAGCUCCUUUUUUCCCGUGCUGAGGAGCCCAGAACCGCACCCAGAACUCCAGAACAAGGCUGCGCCGGGCCCGGGGCAGCGCCGCCCGCCCCGCUCUCAAGAUGGCGGCGCCCGUGAGGGCCGGAACGGGGCCCCGGGGCGGGCAGGGCCCGGCUCCGCCGCCUUGAGCCGCCCGGCCCCUCCCGACGGGCUCCCGCGCGGGGAGGAGGGGCCGCAGCCGGGCCCGGCCAUGAGCGGAGCAGCGGAGGCGCGGGAGCUGGAAGAGCGGCUGCGAGAGGCGGCGGCCCUGGGGGACGUGGCGGAGGUGCGGCGGCUGCUGGGCGCGGGGGCGGACAUCGACUCCCGCAACGAGAUCAAUGGCUGGACCUGCCUGCACUGGGCCUGUAAGCGGAACCAUGCUCAGGUGGUGUCCUGCCUGCUGGAGGCUGGUGCAGACAAGCAGAUCCUCACUGCCCAGGGAGAGCUGGCGGCACAGCUAACGUCGAAACCAGAUAUCCGCAAGAUCCUGGGAGAGGAACAAACUGAAUGUCAAGGAGUGAAGGAUUUAAAUUUAUCCAUUGUUGCGAACCACUUGGCCAACCCAUUCCCUAACAUUUACACCGAAGAAAGCAUUCAAGGCAGCUUGGCAGAAUCCCAGAAUGAAAGUGCUUCCAUCUCUUCUGCUUCCCAGAGUGAAACUAGCCCUUGUCCACCAGCAACUCAGGCUGAAAGCAUCUGCACACCCACGUCAUGCAGCAGCGGCGAGACUUUGCCAGCAGCGGAUGCAGCAGCCAGGCCAGCCCCUGUGCCCAACAUCACUGCAGCCACAGCGUGUGCCAGCCCAGGGAUGCCCCCUGGCUCCGGCGCACCCCCGGGGACAACCCCCAGCCUGGGACUCUGCUCCCCAGGAGUGCCUGGCCAGGCCUUGCCUCUGCAGCCUCACGCCUCCCCCAGCAGCCCUGCACCCGCCUUCCAGCCCUUCUUCUUCACUGGAACAUUCCCCUAUAACGUGCAAGAACUUGUACUCAAGGUCAGAGUCCAGAACGUGAGAGACAAUGACUUCAUUGAGAUUGAACUGGACAGACAAGAACUGACCUAUCAAGAUCUGCUCAGAGUGAGCUGCUGUGAGCUGGGUGUAAAUCCAGAGCAAGUAGAGAAGAUCAGAAAACUACCCAAUACACUUCUAAGAAACGACAAGGAUGUUGCCAGACUCCAGGACUUCCAAGAGCUGGAGCUGGUCCUUAUGAGAAGUGAGAGCUCUCCCUUCCGGAGCGCCGCGGCCGCACUGAUGGAGCGGCCGUGCUACAACAGCAGAGCAUCCAAGCUGACCUACUGACCCUGGGAGCUGCAGCUGCAGGGUCAACACCUGGCAGUGACAGCUGUCACUUAAGUGUGUGUAAAACCUUAAGUUAUUAUUAGGGUUACUAUUUUAACUAAUAUUUUAUAUUUAAUAUCCUGUUUGCUUUUAUUUUUUUACUUGAUACUGUAUUCAGGUAAGGGAUACCUCAUUUGUCCAGUAAAAACCACAGGUUUCUAGAGUAUUUCAAGGAAGUUUAUUGGUUGUAUCUGGCAGUGGGGGGCACAAAAGAUGCAAUUAUUGAUACAAAAAUUUUGUUAAGUACACCCAGUCUGACCAAGUAAGACUCAUGGAAAGAUUCAGGAAAUUGUGUGUCUCUGUGUGUACUUCCUCAUUAAAUUAAAGAGACACACAAUGGAUAGCUGCUCUCUAAAAAUGUGAAUGUGCAAGUCCUUAAUUUCUUGCCCCUCACAAACAUUGACCAAGAUGGGUUGUCUAGAAAUACUUAAUGCUCAGAAGUGGCAGGAGAAACCCUUUUACUGGGCUGAAAAUAACUGGAAUAAGCAUGUCUGUAUUUAAAUGUUCAUUUUCCCUGUGAGAAUAUUGUACCUCCACCAAAAAAUACAAAAGCCUCUCCUAAAUUUUCCUUUUGAGUUGGAAGUGCCCUUUCAAGAGAAAGCCCUUGUUUCAGAUGGGGAGGGACUCCCAAUCUGUGUCCAUGGUUUUAUUUACUUUCUGAUGGAUGUGAGCCUGUGAAUUACUCACACCAGGUGUCAGUAUUGUCAAGAUGGGAAAGCUCUCUGUGGUCCUUCCUUUACACCAGUUCCAAGGGGAUGGUUGUUUCUGCUGCAUGAGAAGCACAGCAGUGUCCUCAUGAGAGAGCACAGCUGGAAGGGACACAGAAUGCUUUAAUGGGCCACUAGAUGGGAAAAGCACCAUGAGCAAGUGACUGAUUUGUAACUUUACAUCCUGCAGUCUACGUCACUGUUACACAGCCUUUUUUCAGCCAGGUGAGUACUGACAGGGAUGAAUUGCAAAAAACCUCCAGGUUGCUUUCAACUUCCCCCCCUUCUUCAUGGGGAGUGAAAAAAACACAACUCUGGUAAAGCUACAAACUAUUUAAGCAAGUCAGUAAUGAAAAAAUUAAGUCACAGCAUUGCUGGAAUAUAAACAGCCUGAAGCUUUUCUUGAUGAACCUGACAGCCUGUAAAGUUAUACUUCUGGAGGCUGUUUUCUUUUUUGCCAAAAACUACGAUGCUGACCUUUGCACCAAAACCCUUCAUUGGGUCCUGAGCAGGUGGACAGGUGAGGGACUUGCUUUUUCUCCCCUCUGUUCCCCCCUCCCCCCCACUCCCAAACUAUUGAUUUCCCUUCCAUCUCUGCUUUAUGAAGCUGCACUAGGCAGAGUUUCUGCACAGCUGAUGGAUGCUGGACUUUGUUGUUUGAUCUGCACUGCUAUGUUGACAAACUAUAAAUAGUACAGCACCAUGUUCUAGUAGAAGCAGCAUGGCUGCUGCACACCAAGAGGAAACAGAAACCCCUUCUGCCAGCAGAGGAGAUACUUGACUCUGGGCUCAGGAUUUCACCAAGUUACUUAGGCUUAAAAUUCUUGCUUACUUCAGUCAAAAUAAUUAUCAUCCUUUCCUCCAUGUUCCACACCCAUCACCUCAAUCUUACUAACUUCCCAUUCUCAAUCCUGGUUUUUCUCCAGCCAGAAGCUGAGCUAUUUUAAUGCCAGAUUCAACUCCUGGGAAGCUCAAGACUGUGACACAGUAUAAACGAAAACUUAGAAGACAGGGAAGAAAGUUCUAUUUUAACAAUUGUGUAUUUACCCCUCCAGCAUAGCUUGGGGGCUAGCUCAGAUUAUGUGCAAUAACUGUGUGAAAAACAGUAGUGGUUAAAUGUUUAAAAAUUAGUAAGAGUAUCUAAUUUGUUUCCAGUUCCUUUAUUUAGGAAGUCAGUGUAAGGACUGUCUCCACUAAUUACUGAGCAUUCUGCUAGAGGGCAGCUGGUUUAAAAAGCUUUAUUUCUCUAGUUUCCACCAAGAAUAACAGUAAAUGUGUUAAGAUUUAAAUGCUUCUUACAAUUUGACUGUACUAACAGUAUAUCUAUGCAUUCAGAGAAGUAUUUUUGUAUGUUUUAUGCAGUUUGAUAAACUCUAAGGCACACUAGUUAUGUUAAAUGGUUUUUGUUGGGCUUUUUCUUUGAACAAUGAACUGUUGGAAUAACAACUGAGAUAAAGUUUACAAAACUUACUGUUCUUCCAAGGACGCCUUUUGUUUGCACUACAAACUUGUGCUGAACUGACACUGCUACUCUUCACUUAUAAUAAAGUAUCAGUCAUUUCAAGU